AUGCAAACAACUUGUGAAACUGCAAAUCAAAGAUUAGCUCAAACUACAGAUAAUAUAGUAGCUAAAAAGUUAUCAGUAGAAAAGACAUGCUCAACAGUAGCUCCAGGACCUGUAGGAACAGAUACAGAAGAUGAAUUAGCUACAGGAGCUACAGAAAUAGCUCAACCUGCCGCUACCACUACUGCUACUAAAAAUUAUACUCGUAAACCAGUUGAGCGUAUUGAAAAGUAUAUAUUAGAAUAUAUUCAUUUUUGUACACAACAUAUGAAAAAAUUAGCCCAAUCCCGGAUACAAUUAGCUAAAGUUCAAAUGGAUGAAUUUAAAGCAUUAGAAGAUUUUGAACAAAUAGCUAGUUCAGCCCAAUGGAAUAUUCGUUUAAUAUUAAAACCUAAAAUAAAGAAUUGGUCUGAAAAAAACAAAAAUUAUCAAAUUUUGGCAAAACGUGUUGAAUUAGAUUUCCCUCCUAAAAUUAUUGAGAAAGUUGACUUUUCUUUUAAAAUUGAUGAAUCAAUUAUUAGUCAAGAUGAAGCACAGGCCACAUACAAUCAAAUGCGUCAAAUUACCAAAGAUUUUCGUACUCAAGCUAUGACAUUAUAUGUUCAAUCAACUGCACGAGAAAAUGAAGUCUUACCAAAUGAAAUUAAAGGUAUUGUUGAUAGAUUUCCUCAAGAAAAAGAUGAAGAAUUUGACGCUGAACCUGGCUAUACAGCUUUUAAACAAUAUCAUGAAUUACGAGAAAAAAGAAUAAAAAUACAAAUCGAACAAUCUCUUCAUUUUUUAUUCGAACUGCAAGUCGAGGGCGAUACCAACAACCUGCUAAUUCAAGAAGAAAUAACCGCUCCGACUGUAAUACGUCCAAAAUUUAUAUUUAAUGGCCCAAAAACAGCAGCUCGACGACGUAUUACAGAGUGGGCUACUUUGAAACGUAAAAUAGAAGAUUAUUUUCUCCGUAAGAAGGUGAGCCCCUGUCGUCCUCUUCAACAAUUUAUGGCUGAAUUAGAUGUUCUUCUUCAAACAUUACAUGAUGUUUCAAUAUCAAAUAAAAAUCUUAAUAAUAAUAGAAUAAUUGGGAGUCAAAUAAAUGAUAUUCUUGAAUUAAUAAACAGUCAAGCAACUCAAUCGCAAUCACAAAUAAUUACUGGAAUUAAAGUUAAGAAAAAGAAAAUUUAUGACAGACUUGUAAAAAGAUUGAAGCAUAAACCCAAAUUGGCUAAUGUUAUUUUACGUAAAUCUGAUAAAUCUAAAGUAUUUCAUUUAUGUAAAAUUGAAGAUUAUCGUAAGAAAUCUGAAGAAUAUAUGGCAAAAACCCAAGCAUAUAAAUGCUUAGGAACAAAUUAUCCAUUAUCUGAUCUAAUUACGAGAACCAAUAAAUAUUUAUUGGAUUUAAGAUUAGCCAAAUGGAUUACUCAAAAACAAUAUGAAAAAUUAUACAUUAAUCCAUGUGAAGUCGAACUGGCUCAUUUAUAUUAUUUACCAAAAGCCCAUAAGGCAGGUACUCCUCUUCGUCCAAUAGUAUCGGGCCUUAAGCAUCCUACAAUUAAACUAUCAAAGUUUCUUCAUGAGCUAUUAAGACCAUUAUUUGAUAAAAUGGCUAUAAAAACUACUGUAACCUCUGGCUUUGAAUUAAUAAAGCAGUUGCAAGAAUGGUCUAAGAAAAAUAUGUGCCAAGAAACCUUAUUUUGUGCAAUUGAUGUUGUAGAUCUUUAUACAAUGGUGCCACAAACUGAAGGGGUACUAUCAUAA